AUGCCGCAUUUGCGCAUCCCUUUGUUACCACACUUUCAUCACACCCAAACAAUCGGAGCCACUACCGUCGACAUGGCUGCCGCCGUGUCAGCGCAAGAGAUGGCUCUCUAUCUCACUGGGUGUACUCAGGAGCAGCGUGAUCAGUUCAACGAAAUGCUGCAGCAGAUCAACAGCCAGGCCUCCUCCCUCAAUAUGGGCACAACUCUCGUCCAUUCUGGCGUGACCAAGAACACCAAGAGGAAGGGCAAGCUGACCAAGGCCGAUCUGGCGUCCAUCGGACCACCGAAGCGUCCGCUCAACUCGUGGAUGGCAUUUCGCAACUUCUACAUUCCUCUUAUGCUGGGCGUUCCGCAGAAGUGUGUCUCCAAGACGAUGACUAUGUUGUGGUCCAACGAUCUUUUCAAGGCAAAGUGGGCUCUCCUGUCCAAGGCCUACAGUGUCGCUCGCGGCACUCGCGCCAAAAUCGAUGUUCCGCUUUCUGGCUUCUUCGCACUGUGCGCUCCACUUGUGGGCGUCAUCCCACCACAGGACUACUUGGGCAUGUUGGGAUGGCAGAUGACCGCACCGAGACCCGGCGAGACUGUAAGCUUCGUGAUAUUGAAUUUUGUUGCAUUCCAGACUGACCUCAUCCCAGACGCCAUGCCUCCUCCGCAUCUUCACCCCAGAUUUCGAUCAGUUCUCCCAGCACAUCAAGUACACCACACUCACCGUGGACGAUCUCGUCAAGACCUGCUACGCCGCAGGUUACGUCGUCGCGGACGACGACUCCUCGCCAGGCAUGAGCGCUCAAGGUUCUCUCACCAUGGUGUCCAAGCCCGCCACCACCGCGGUCGCUGCCCCGAAGGCCUCCAAGCCAACUCCCGCCCCACUGGGCCGCAAGAUGCUCGCUAA